UCGCUAAUAUCUUAGAAGUUGUUAGUGAAACUUCUGCUGCUUCUGCUUUACUUCAGUUUCCUGACUUGGAUGGAAUCUUUAAAAAAAUAUUCCAAUUAUUCCUUAGUUCUGCAAGUUUCCAGCAGUGGCAGUGGGGUAAUCGUCUAACAUGGCGUCAAGUAGGAAGAGCUUGUCCGAUUUUUUCGGACUUUCUUGGUCUACUUGGUCAGAAUAUACAGAGGAUUUCUCCCAUUCAGAUGGAGAUGGAGAAGAGAAAAAUGAAGGACGUAGGAAAAGCUCUGACGCCAUGCGGCUCUACUCUUCAGACAUGCAGAAAUUUGGCUUAUUCCCAGAAACAGAUUGUUUUUGCACUGUGGUAUGCAGUGAAUGCAGUGCUUUGGUUAAACCACAGGGUCUACUUAAUCACAUGCGAUUACGACACAAAGAAUUGGUACCAGAAAGGAUCUCACCUGAGAAGUUAAACAAGCUGUCUGAAAGCCCAUCAAUCAAGGGCAUUGGAGACAAAACUUCAGCCAAGCAUGUCCUUAAUGAAAAGCUAAUGACCAAACUCAUAUUGAAUGAAAAGCAUUCAAAUAAGACAUCUAAUGAAAAGUUGCCAAAUUCCCCAAGUGAAAAGCUUAGUAGUAAAUACUCAAGUAGUGAAAAGACAUCACAAAAAAGCGGUGAAAAGUUCCUUGGAAAGUCUAUGGGCGAUAAGCCCCCACGAACUAUAAAUGAAAAAGUGAAAGUGCCACCUGAGAAAAGUGCUGCUGGUGCAUCAUUACUUCUUGAUAAACCUGUAGUUAAAAAUGAAUCUGAUAAGUUUUCAAAAGUUGUGCCUGAUAGUUAUUCAAAACAGGCAGAUACUAUAUCUUCUAAAAAACUUGGUGAUAAGCAGCCCUCUAAACCUAUUUCUAAUGAAAAGGUGUAUGCUUCUCCUGAAAACAAGGCCUUUGCUACUGAUCGUCACUUGUCAAGAUCAGGUGAAAAAAUCAGUGUUAAAUCUGUUCUUAGUGAAAAACUAUUAUCUAAAGUCGCUGCUAGUGAAAAAGCUGCUGCCUUGCAAGACAAAAUCAAAAGCGUUGAGCUAGCUAUAUCUGACAUUAAUUCUAAAAAGGGUGACAGUAUACUGAAACCUGAUAUGAGAGUGGCAGCUAAACCUGUAAUGAAAAGUCUGCUCAAACGUAGCAAUGAUGUAACUCCAAGUGUAGUUCCAGGAGCAAGUCUGCUUAGGCCUCUCAUUCAUCAAGAAAGAGACCCUGUGCCUGCUGCUCCUAUUAUAGGCAGUACCACACUCUCUCCUCCAGUUUUAACUCCAGAGAAUUUAACACCGGAACGCCAUCAGUCUGCUACAGAUAUGCCUGUGUUAUCUCGCAAAAGGAAAUUUAGAGAAAGAAAAGCUGCUCCCACACAGUAUGAUCCUGAUCGUCAUUGUGGAGUAUGGUGUGAUUAUUUUAAUAAAUUUUGUGUGAGAUCUCUUACGUGCAAAGUACAUUCUGUGGCUUUAAGAAGGGCUGUGGUUGGAAGGAGCAAACCAUUUGACCAACUUUUAAGUGAACACAAGCGAGCUAAGGAAGAUCAACGCCAAUCUAGGGAAGAUCAGGAUGAUUUUUCGAUGAGCCCCCAAAUUUCAGAACGUCUUCACAGCCCCAGUGAUCCUAGCAAUAGUUCCUUUGUGAGUAGUCCUUACGCCAGUCCAGCAUCAAGUCAAGCCACGAGCCCUCUGGAGAAUGUCUUCCAUAACACCCAAGAUGAAGUAGUCGCUCUGUGCACUCCCUCAACUUCAACAAGUCCACCAAUUCCUCUCCCCUCUUAUCAGUAUCCACCAUAUCCCCCUCCUGAUUCUGCUUUUUCUGCUGCUCCUGAAAGUAUGGUUACACUAUCUCCUCAUUUGAGCUCACCUCUGCUGAAUGUAGCUCUACCAAGCCUUAGUCCAAGUCAUACCCCUCGCCCGCCAGACAAUACAGAUGAAGACUGCUCCAAAGCCCCCCGAAAUAAUGCCCGUGCAGUGAAUCGCUUACAACUCAAUAAAGGAAAACAGUUCAAUGUUAAACAUUCAGCGUUUCCACCCAAACCUUUACGGACCUGCCUAUUUCAAGGUCGCAAGAGCUCUGGCAUGUUUUUUGUCCAGCGCGAGUUAGAGUCAAUGCGAGCUGGGUUUCGGUUGUCAUUGGUUAAAGGUGCAAAGUCUGCACCAAUGAGUCAUGUCUCCAGUGUUUCCCAGUCACACUCAGACUCAACUUCAUCACACUCAUCAAUGUCUACCUUAAAUGACCCAUCUCUUCAGAGCUCUGGAAUCAACACAUCAUCUUCAGCAUCAAACCUGAAGUCUGUUUUUACAAAUUUGUGUUCACCUAAGAGUGUUCUUAAUAGAGAAAGCCAACAAAGACUUCAAAGAAAUCAGAAGUCUGGGAACAGUGCCACAGAGAUUGCUCCCCAGGCAAUGACUGCCGAUGGGUCAUUGGCAAUUGGGAGUGAAAAAAUACCACAGGGAAUGAGGAUAUCCGUUCCUACUACAAUGCCGCAGCAAAUAACUUAUUUAACUACUUCUACACCUGUCACUUUUCAACAAGUUCCUUUAAUAAAUUCCCAGGUAUUGAGCCAACUACAGCUGCAAAAGGGUGGAGGUGGAACCUUAAAACUUUUGAGUACUGGUGGGGGUGGACGCACAUUAUUCGUUCAUCAAUACCAAGAUGGAUCAGGAGCGGAAUCCUGACACAGGCCGACUCCUGCUUGUGUACCGACUCAUUUGCCGCAUUCUUCCUCCAUAUCUGGACGGAGGCGCAGACAGCGGAAGUAUCAAGGCAUCACAUUUGUUCACUGAUCUUAAAUCCGUUUGGGGUCAUAUAACCCAGCUUUUUAUGAUUUGGGAUUUACAGUGAUUUUCUUUGCAUUUUUAAAUUAUUUUUUUCAUUUGUACAUGAUUGUGAAGAGCCACUAAUUCGUGUUCUAUUGGGUUACUUGGGCUGCUUUCUUGUAUUUUUGUACUGGUUUCUCUUUUGAGCUCAUUGGUUUACGAUAUGACCAAUCCAUGGUCUGAUUUGCUUUUAAAGUAGUAAAUCAGGUUUAAAAUAUUUCUGCGGAAAGAAGAAAUUAAAUUUGGUGAAGGGAAUUAUUUUUGAUUGAUGAAUAUCAGCUGACUUUACUGUUUGCUGUUACUAAAUCUUUUCCCAAAUAUCUAGAGAAAAAAUUAAAUGUAGUAAUUUAACACAUUGUUAGGUAAUGCCUUGGUGUCUUUACUGUGUCUGUGCUUGUGUUCUAAAUGUUACAAUUUAAGUGUUUUGCUGCUAUGAAAUUAUUUGUUAAUCUAUUUAUUCAGUAUAGCUCUAAAUCACAAGAGGUGUGUAAAUGUGUUAAGUCUCUGUCAUCUUCUUUUAAAAAGUGGAUUGAUUUACAUACCGUGUACCUGCAAGAUUUCCUUAGAUCAUUAAGGAUCCCUAUUUAUGUCCACACCAGUAUUCUUAAAUAUUUCUGUUCUGUUUCUUUUUGUUGUCUCUGAUUUUCAUAGAAAUCCUUUAUUCACUGCCUACUCUUUGCUGUUCUGCAGAUUGUUACGAAUUGAAUCUACCUAGUGUUGUAAGUUACACAAAGGAACAGUGUCACUCAAAUGUUUCACAUCAUUGUCUUUGAAAUUCAUUCAUCAUUCUAAAUUAUUUGUUUGGAACAGGAAGUGUUGUGUCUGAUCUAUGCCUUCAAGGUCUAGGUAAAUUGUUACUAAUCAUCUGUAUCCUUACUUAAUUUUUCCCAACCACCUGUUUUCCUUCUGGUGGUGUCUCAGCACUUUUGUGACAAUUUGCUCAUUCUGUUCAAUGUUGUUAACCCCAUAGUAUAUCAGUAAUUUUGAUAUGGUUGUGAGCCUCUCUUUGUCAUUAAUGUAUGUGUAAAUUAUUAGGUUGUUGCUGAACCCCAUUAUAUACUUGUGUAAGCUGGAGAAGUUUUUUGUUCAGUAUGUGAUAAGUCACUCUUCUAGUAGCUGUGAUUAAUAUUUUUGUAUUUCUCAUAUUGAGAAUCAAAAUUCUAACUCCUCAAAGCAGCUAGUCAGAGGUAAGAACUGAGGUGGGCCUUAGGGUAUCUUUCCUUUCCUUCAGAACUUUCGCAUCUUUAUUUUACCUCUCUCAGGGUAAGGGUCAAGUUUUAAGUUUUCACCAUGUUGCAAUCAUGGUUGAAUCAUCUGAUUAAAGCCUGCUUUAAUGUUUUUUCUUUUUCUUUUUUUGUGAAAUUUAGAACUGGCUUGUAUGUAUGUCUCCAUUGCUUGACUAUUUUGGCUCAGUGAAUGGAAAGAAUUCUUCUACAAGUACUGUAUAGGUAUAGAAUUGCAAGCAAAUUUGAAAGUUUUAAGUUUUGAAGAUUCAGUGCUUUACUCUCUUCACUGUUGCUGUAUCUGUGAUCCUCAAUCAAUGGAUUGUAUUGAUAGAGAACUAUGAGAAUAGAAGAAAAGGAACAUUAACUUAUUUAAAUGUUAGUCACAAGAUGUUACAUGUAUUCAGGUUGACUGGUAGCAUAUGUUAGUCUUCAUUCAAUUGUUACUGUAACAUAGGGUAAAAUCUUGCUGUGCAAGUUUUCAAUUUUUGAUCACUACCUCAUGUAACUGUGAGAGUAGUUCUCAAUACUACUCUUGAUUAAACAUUUCUCAAGCAUUAAUCAUUUGCUGUCACCAAACAAUAAUGACUGUUUGGGACCAAAUCAUAAUGGGUAAAAUUGUGGCAGGAAGCUAUGUUAAUAAUUGUUGUUGGAAUUCUUCUACAAAUAUUUUUUAAUGUUCAAAGAAAAUAAAAUAAUUUGGGUAAAA